CUCCCUCCCUCCCGCGGUGCAGCGGCGGCGGCGGCUCCUCCCGCCAUGCCCGGGAGCCCGAGCCUGGGCCCACCAUGAGCCAUGGCCAUGUCCGUGAGCGCCGAGGAGGACGACUAUGAGGAGCCGGAGCACGACCAGAACCGGGCAGUAGGCCGGCCCAAGGGGAAGCUGGGCCCAGCCUCCGCGGUGAAGUUGGCCGCCAACCGGACGACGGCGGGGGCGCGCCGGCGACGGACGAGAUGCCGCAAGUGCGAGGCCUGCCUGCGCACCGAGUGUGGCGAGUGUCACUUCUGCAAGGACAUGAAGAAAUUUGGGGGGCCUGGGCGGAUGAAGCAGUCCUGCAUCAUGAGGCAGUGCAUUGCGCCAGUGCUGCCCCACACCGCCGUGUGUCUGGUGUGUGGAGAGGCGGGGAAGGAAGACACCGUGGAGGAGGAGGAGGGCAAGUUUAACCUCAUGCUCAUGGAGUGUUCCAUUUGCAACGAAAUCAUCCACCCUGGAUGCCUUAAGGUGAAGGAGUCGGAUGGCGUGGUCAACGAUGAGCUUCCCAACUGCUGGGAGUGUCCGAAGUGCAAUCACGCCGGCAAGACGGGGAAACAAAAGCGCGGCCCCGGGUUCAAGUACGCCUCGAACCUGCCCGGCUCGCUACUCAAGGAGCAGAAGAUGAACCGGGACAACAAGGAAGGGCCAGACUCGGUCAAACGGAGAGGAGAGUGUGAAGAGGCUGGCCGGCGGAAGUCCGACGAGCACACCAAGAAGGCGCCUGCCGACACCAUCCUUCGCCGGAAGUCUGAUGAGGUGCACCUGAGGAGGAAGCGGAAAUUCGAGAAGCCCCAGGAGAUGAACACCCGGAAACGGCGGCCCCCCCGCUUCAGCAAGGGGCUCAACGGGGCGCCCCGCGAGCCGCGGCACCCCCUGGUGCCCAGCCUGCGCAGCCCCCCCCGCGGCCCCGCGCGGCCCCCGCCCUCCCUGUCCCCACCCAAGUGCAUCCAGAUGGAGCGGCACGUCAUCCGCCCGCCGCCCAUCAGCCCCCCGCCGGACUCGCUGCCCCUGGAUGACGGCGCCGCGCACGUCAUGCAGCGGGAAGUGUGGAUGGCCGUGUUCAGCUACCUCAGCCACAGCGACCUCUGCGUCUGCAUGCGGGUCUGCAAGACUUGGAACCGCUGGUGCUGCGAUAAGCGGUUAUGGACCAAAAUCGACCUGAACCAUUGUAAAUCCAUCACGCCGCUGAUGCUCAGCGGCAUCAUCCGCCGGCAGCCCGUCACCCUGGACCUCAGCUGGACCAACAUCUCCAAGAAGCAGCUCAGCUGGCUCAUCAACAGGCUGCCCGGGCUCCGGGACCUGCUGCUGUCCGGCUGCUCGUGGAUCGCCGUCUCCGCCCUGUGUAGCUCCAGCUGCCCUCUGCUGCGCACCCUGGACGUGCAGUGGGUGGAAGGACUCAAGGACGCCCAGAUGCGGGACCUCUUGUCCCCCCCCACGGACAACCGGCCAGGCCAGAUGGACAACAGGAGCAAGCUGCGCAACAUCGUGGACCUGCGCCUGGCUGGCCUGGACAUCACGGACGCCUCCCUGCGCCUCAUCAUCCGCCACAUGCCCCUGCUCUCCCGACUGCACCUCAGCUACUGCAACCACGUCACCGACCAGUCCAUCAACCUGCUGACCGCUGUGGGGACGACCACCCGCGACUCCCUCACCGAGAUCAACUUGUCAGACUGCAAUAAAGUCACUGACCAGUGCCUGUCCUUCUUCAAACGCUGCGGGAACAUCUGCCACAUCGACCUGAGGUACUGCAAGCAGGUGACCAAGGAGGGCUGCGAGCAGUUCAUCGCCGAGAUGUCUGUGAGCGUCCAGUUCGGGCAAGUGGAAGAAAAGCUCCUCCAGAAGCUGAGUUAGUGCAAGGACAGGACAGAGGAGAGCCAAGAUCCCAUUUCACGAGCCCUGGCGAGCGAGCGAUCCCACAGAGGACCGAGUUCACCUCCCACGCCGUGAGCGGCCGGAGCCCGGGCCACGGGCACUCUGCGCUCCCCGGCCUUCCGGACAAUUCCCAAG